CGGCAUAUGCAGCUUUAAGAGAAGAGGCGGGGUUAGGGGUUGGCAGCCGCCUUCUGGGUGAGGGGUGGCAGUUAGGAACUAAGUAAGGGGAAACAGAGGAAGAGGCUGGCCACCUCAAAAUUGGGAUGGGUGGGGAUCCUUAGGGUAAGCAGACCCGCGCCGGUUUUUCGGCGUUCUCUCCAGUAAACCCUCGAGGCGGGUUCCUGUUAGCCUUUCUCCCUCCCUUCCCUUCUCCGUUAUACCGACUGUUCUUCUAAUGGGUCGUUUCCUAGUUCUGUUGCCGAAGGGUGAGAGGUAGGUGGGUGGGAGACAAGAAGAGAGCCGAAUCUUGUUGGGUUGGGAGUAGGCAAGCGCGGACGAGGACUUUGCUCAGGUUUGUUUCCCCUUGAGGGGGCCUAAGCAGCUCGCUGGGACCCGAAGAAAUCGCUGUCUACCACCCGCCGUGAGAAAUCGUGGAAACCCCCCACUCUUUCCUCUGUCCUCCCCGAGCAGUUGCAAAGAGAGGAGCGCAACUUUCCUAGUUUUGCCCUGUGCAAGCUCUAGGCGGCCGCUACGGUAUGGAAGUCGAGCUAGUCGCAGCCUGACGGAAGCAGCUCUCUAACUCCUCUUGCAUUCCGAGAGGGAAAGAGACGCUGGUGCUUCUUGGGGUACAAUCAUAGUAAUGAGGAACGGCAGGUGAGAAGUGAAGGGGAAAGCACCAAACAGACCCUCGGCCAGCCUUUCCUGGAGAGGUUUCUUUAACUCCUCUGAGGAUCACAAUGAAGACGGCGGCCGCCCCAGACAACUGAAGUCUCGAAAAAGUGCGGAGCAUCGGGGCCAUCGGGAUCUCUUUCUGAUAAUGGCCGACCGAGAGGGAGAAGUGAGGUGGGAUGGGCUGUGCAGCAGGGAUGCCAGCGCAAGAGACGGCGCCAUGGAAAACAUAAGACAAGCAGUCCUGAAGAAAAGCGAGGCGAUGUCUCUGGUCAAAGAAAACGCAUCUCCUCCGGCGGCGAAAGGGCUCUUGCCGCCCGCUGAUAGGGCUCGGGACUGGCUAAACGAAAUGCUCGCUCGCCUGCUUAUGCUGUCCAAGAGGUGCCCCUUCAAAGACGUGAGAGAGAAGAGCGAGGCCAUUCUGAUGAGCGUUCAGGAACUUGGAAUUAAAAUCCCUAGACCACUGGGCCAAGGGCCAAGCAGAUUCAUCCCAGAGAUGGAGAUUCUCCAAGUGAGCGCUGAAGAUACCCAAAUGCAUUCUUUGUUUGCAGAGUCUUUCACAACUUUAGGGCAUUUGGACAACAUUACUCUAGUGAUGGUUUUCCACCCACAGUAUUUGGAGAGCUUUUUAAAAACUCAGCAUUAUCUGUUGCAGAUGGAUGGUCCACUGCCUCUUCACUAUAGACACUACAUAGGUAUCAUGGCUGCAGCUAGGCAUCAGUGUUCCUACUUGGUUAACAUCCAUGUCAAUUACUUUCUUCAAGUUGGGGGAGACCCUAAGUGGCUGAAUGGUCUAGAGAAUGCACCUCAAAAACUGCAGAAUUUGGGUGAAUUAAAUAAAAUUUUGGCGCACAGACCAUGGCUCAUUACCAAAGAGCAUAUUGAACAACUUCUAAAGACUGAAGAACAUAGUUGGUCGCUGGCAGAACUGAUCCACGCUGUAGUUCUCCUUACACACUAUCAUUCACUUGCCUCCUUCACAUUUGGCUGUGGAAUCAACCCAGAAAUUCACUGUGAUGGUGGUCACACAUUCAGGCCUCCUUCUGUCAGUGACUAUUGCAUCUGUGAUAUUAGAAAUGGAAACCACAGGGUGUAUGAAAUGCAGGGCCCGGCUGGAAAUACUACUACUACAGAGCCUUUCUGUGAAGUAGAAGCACUUAUGGAAAAAAUGAAGCAACUACAGGAAUGCAGAAAUGAAGUUAAAGCCAGCCAAGAAGAAAAAGCCACUCGUUUUGAGAAGGAGAAGAGAGAAAGCAUGUUGGUGUGUUGCUCAGAAGAUGAAGAAUCGACACCAACAAGAGAUGUGUCUCGUCACUUUGAAGAUACUAGCUAUGGUUAUAAAGAUUUCUCCAGACAUGGAAUGCAUGUACCUACAUUCCAUGUUCAGGAUUAUUCUUGGGAAGACCAUGGCUAUUCAUUGGUAAAUCGUCUCUACCCAGAUGUGGGGCAGCUGAUAGAUGAGAAGUUUCAGAUUGCCUACAACCUGACUUACAACACAAUGGCCAUGCAUAAAGAUGUGGAUACCUCAAUGCUUAGACGGGCAAUUUGGAAUUAUAUCCAUUGUAUGUUUGGAAUAAGAUAUGAUGACUAUGACUAUGGUGAAAUUAACCAGCUACUGGACCGCAGCUUUAAAAUUUAUAUCAAAACUGUGGUGUGCACUCCUGAGAAGACCACAAAUAGAAUGUAUGAUAGCUUUUGGAGACAGUUCAAACACUCUGAGAAGGUUCAUGUCAAUUUGCUUCUCAUAGAAGCGCGGAUGCAGGCUGAACUGCUUUAUGCUCUGAGAGCCAUUACUCGCUACAUGACCUGAAAUUUUUGGCUGGCUGGCUGGCUAUGUUGGAAGGUGCAGCAGAUGCUGCCUACUAGGGGAUACUACCAAUCUUCAGAACCAGAGGUGGCUAAAAGCUAUAAGAUCCAUUGUGCCAUAAUUUCCUUUUAGUUUCAGCUCCUUCCUUGCUGGAAUAUCACUGCUGCUGUUGGGCAUGGUGGACAGAAUUGAUCACUACAGCUUGCUCUUAAUAGCACAGGAAGCCAUGAGUUGUGGCAGCCAAGUAGUUAAUUGCGCAAAUCUUGUAUUGUUGCAAGUAGAUAACAAAAUCUGGAGCACAAAGAAUUUAAAAGGACUUCUGCUUUUGAUACAAGAAUGAUUGAUUUUUUUUAAAGAAGUCCUGAUGCUGCUGUACUUGCUGAUGAAGAGACUGGCAAUUCCAAUUAAACUACAAAUGAAAGCAAGCAAUGCUAUCUGAGCCUACAUUUCUUACGGUUUUAGAGCAAGUCCUUGCUAAUAAUUUGAAAUUGAACUGUACUUCACACUAACAGUUUUGAUUGCAACAGGAGCUUCUAGCUGUUGUAUUUAAAAAUAUGCUACUGGCCUGGACUUGUUCACAGUGGUGUGGUUAAAUCAACAGAGUGAGGAGGGGUGAGAAUUUUCAGAGCUGCUUAAGACUGCAACUAUGUGAAAUGCUAAAUGCUUGGAAACAAGGAUGAACAUUUUUCUACUUCUCUGUUUUUCCUAGGAGGUAUCUAAGGUGUGGGAAGGUUAAUUCAGACUAUCAGGCAGCUUCUCAAUACAUUGCUUACCCAUAGCUAUGGUCCAUCACUUAGUGUAAGGAAAAUCUGUCAGUAUUACUGAAUUGUUUAAAUAAAACAAUUUUUGUUC